AUGGUUUUACUUCACACACAGCAGACGAUCAAGUACUUUCGAGUCUGCUCAAUUGGUGGCAAAGUUGCACCGGCCGCUGUUUGGGCAUUCGAUUAUUGUUUGACCUUUGAACAUGAAGCUCGUCUGUUCAGCAGCAUCGGUCGUUGGCACAUCGCGCCUGUCAUGUUUAUCGUAACUAGAUAUGCUCCCAUAGCAUGGAUUAUCAGCGAAAUAUACGUGACUGUUGGGCCACCUUCAACGGAAACGUGCCUGACUACAUAUCGGACUGCUGGGGGUGCCUUGUUUCUUAUCAUGGUGGCUACCGAGGGUCUGCUUCUUAUGCGUACACUUGCCUUAUGGCACAACAAUAAGAAGAUCAAACGAUUUUUGUUGGCAAGCUACCUGUGUUUGAAGCUUGUGGCUAUCUCGAUGCUCGUUUGCGAUAUCCUGGCAGUGUCUCCGAACCUCGAAAGUGUAUGUGCACCCACAUCAACUCAGGACUCUGAAAAUGAGGCUACGAGAGUGGAACAACUGAUAAUGGGCAUGUUUGUUAGCGCAGCGCUGUUUGAACUCACGGUGGUUAUUGUCACGAUGUAUCAUUCAAUUACAAGCCGUUCUACUGGCACGCCCACCGUCGGUAAAUUAAUGUCGAACUUGUGGAAGGGAAGCAUGCUAUAUGCACUGUCGCUCUUAGCAAUCUCUAUUGCGAAUAUUGUCUCUUUUUCUUUACCGAUCUCAAGCGGGCAGAAUGGCAUCAUCGACGUGUUUCAAGGUGUCCUGCAUGGUGUUAUGGCCUCACGUAUUCUUUUUGAUCUGCGCGAUACAGACCGGAGUGAAGAUGGCCUUCAACACACGUCACAUGUACCCCCUUCUAAUUUACAGUUUGUAUCGGACACCAUACCCAUGACUGCCUUACAUGACGAAAACGAUGUAUGA